AUGACUGUGGCAAUAGAUGAUCAAGAACAAGAAAAUUCGUCGUCCAAUUCCUUGACUCCCCUCCAGAAUGAAUGCUUUAAGCUUUACAAAGAAAAGCAGUACAAAAGCUGCGAAAUAUUAGCCAGAAUGGAGCUCUCGUUGGCAGAACAAGAAGGUCGUGAUGCCACCAUCGCUUGGACCUUGUUGGGAGAUUGUGCACAUUCGACUCAGCAAUACAGUCGAGCUAUUUCGUGUUAUCGGCGGAUUCAGAUGUGGUACGGUUCUCACAAGUAUCGACUGAAGGAAGCCCAGUGUCUCCAAGCACUUGGCAAUGUGGUUGAAGCCUACUCAGUUUUGGAAGUGAUUCCACGCGAACAGAGAUCCGUGACAAUUCACAUGACUUUGGGGAACUUGUACUUGGCCAGCGGCCGCACAACAUCAGCUCGACAGUGCUUCUUGGAUAGUCUAGUUUUGAAUCCCUAUACAUUAGAAGCCAUUGAGCGACUUGCUAUUCUCGGAACGGAGAAGUCACGAGUGGUGGACGCUGUCACAGAGGGUUUGAAACAAAAAGGAAACGGUCCCUCUCUUAUUCCAAUUAUGGAUCUUGUUUCUGCGCAAUUUGCAAAACACCGUCACAACACCACUGCCUCACUACAGAUAUUUACGAAACUAGAAAGACAGUUCCCAAACAAUGUGUACCUUCUCCUGAAGAUUGCGACCUUGUUGCAUCAGACAAAUGAUGAAGAGGGAGCUGCCAGAAUGUUCGCCAAGGUGAGACAGUUGGAGCAUACCAACGUUGAUGCCAUGGAUCAGUACGGACAAAUACUGGCACGCCAAAACAUGGUUGACGAUCUGAACCAACUGGCUUCAAAUCUUCUAGAAAUUGAUGACAAAAGACCAGAAGCCUGGACUUCGUUAGCUCUAUACCAUGAAAGCCGAAACGAUCACGAGAAAGCGUUGGCGUUUGUCGAAAAGGCAAUUGCGAUGGAUCAACGACACGCGUUUGCGCAUCGCCUUCGAGGAGCAAUUUUGUUAGCAGAAAAUCGUCCUGAUCAUGCUGCUGUAUCCUUCUUUCGAGCAAAUGAAAUUGUGAGGGAUGUCACGAGUUACGAAGGACUCGUGGAUUCGUACCUAUCUGCUGGAAAGUAUAAAGAGGCUAUUUGCGCGGCGAAGGAAGCCAUUUCGGCAGCACCCAGAGACCCUCGAGCAGUAGCCUUGGUGGGCCUUGCACUUGCCCAAGGUCAAAUGCGAGCUGACAAUGGUGAUGGUAUGGAUAAAGCCAAACGAGCACUACGCAAGGCGUUGGCUCUGGACCCAAGUGCCUUUCGACCACUCUUAACGCUGGUAUCAAUUCAUGCGCGUGAAAAAGAUUUUAAUACUUGCAUCGAAUUGCUCAAGGAUGGCAUUGAAGGAUUGAGUAGUUGCAACACAAGUACGGUACGAGGACAAGACUUGCUCCAAAGUCGAUUGGGAGAAAUGUACAUGUUGAAUGAUCAAUAUCAAGAAGCCAUAACUUGCUUCCACACUGCACUGUCUUCAAAUCCACACAAUGCCGAAGUGAAGCGACUGAUGGACAAGCUGGAGCACACUGUUCGCGGGGAAGGCCAACAUCGUAGCGAAGAUAUGGUGGAUGAAACACCAGAACGCCACGGACGGUCCUACUAG